UGUCAACAACCUUAGACUUUGGGUGAAAACCUCAAGUAGGCUGUCGAUUUUCCCCCACCUUCAAGGAUCCAACGGCCAGGAUAUUCCAGCCGCAAAUAUUGAAGAACCUCCUCCUAAUCUAGAACGGAAAACAAUGUCAGCAAAACUCGUCUUUAUUCAUUAAAAAGAAUAAAGCUUUUUGUUCGGCACUAAUAACAGUCGCAUCGGUACUCGGUUGUCCUAGCCCUUUCAAAUGAUCCUUGUUCUCAUCAUUUCGGUUUGAAAGCUUCGGAUCCUUUUGUGGCUUUCUGGGUAUCUCUCUCCUUUUUCAUUCGUCUUUCUUUUCAAGGAUUGUCCCCGGCUUACCAUUAUUGUACGUCAAGUACUCUGAUAACACUAUCUUCUCUACUUUGUGUUUGAGAAUAAUUUGAUUGAAUGGAUUCAAGUUUUAGAAUAGCAAAGUGGCUACAGGGACCGAAUACCCACCUUUUCUUUCCAUGUUAGAAGAAGGUUACAGCAAAGGGACUGCCAACCCAAUGAUAGAUGAUAAGUCGGAAACUGUUGAGAGCAUAAAAGUAGUGAACACGGGAAAACCUCCUCGGCACCUCCCACCAAUACGGCACUGCAUGAGUUCGGCUCAAUUGCCAUCUGCUGCUGAUUUGGAAUUGGAUAUUGGGAUGGUCAGCACAAAGUCACCAUCAGAUGGAAAUAUCAUGUUUGAACCUGUUUUUCGUUCUGGAAGCUGUUCGGAGAUCGGACCAAAACCAUAUAUGGAGGAUGAGCACAUCUGUAUCGAUAAUCUUCUUGAACAUCUAGGUCCAAUUGAACACUUUUCUUCUCCUGGAGCUUUCUAUGGGGUCUUUGAUGGCCAUGGGGGUGUAGAUGCAGCUUUGUUUAUCAGAGAGAACAUUCUUCAAUUUAUUCUUGAGGACUCUCAUUUCCCCAUUUGUGUAAAGAAGGCCAUUAAGAGUGCUUUUCAGAGAGCUGACCAUGCUUUUGCUGAUGCUGAUUCUCUUGAUAGUUCCUCUGGCACCACCGUCCUGACUGCCAUUAUUUUUGGAAGGGUGAUGCUAAUUGCCAAUGCAGGGGAUUGUCGAGCUGUGCUGGGGAAACGAGGUAAGGCAAUUGAGCUGUCCAAAGACCACAAACCUGAUUGCUCCUCUGAGAGACUAAGAAUUGAGAAACUUGGUGGUGUUGUAUACGAUGGCUACCUUAGUGGUCAAUUAUCAGUGGCACGUGCCCUUGGAGAUUGGCACAUGAAAGGUCCCAAAGGUUCAUCAUGUCCGUUGAGUGCAGAGCCAGAGCUUCAGGAGAUGGUCCUGAGUGAGGAAGAUGAAUUCUUGAUACUAGCCUGUGAUGGCCUGUGGGAUGUAAUGAGCAGCCAAUGUGCUGUUACAAUUGCAAGGAAGGAGUUGAUCCUUCAUAAUGAUCCUGAGAGAUGCUCAAGGGAGCUGGUUAGAGAGGCACUUAAGCGCAAUACGUGUGACAACCUGACAGUUGUUAUUGUAUGUUUCUCUCCAGAUCCACCACCUCGGCUUGAGAUCCCAAAAUUUCAACUCAAGAGGUGUAUAUCGGCAGAAGGUCUAGACCUUCUCCAACAGGUAUUGGACCGUAAUGUAUGAUUAGAUUUGAUUAAGCCUAUGAUAAUGAUGUGCUACGAACACCCAAAUAUGGCUUGCGUUUGAUUUAGCUUAUGACUGGUUUAACAACAUUGAUCACGAUGUUUACACUGCUCAAGUGAUUAUAAUACUUUUGUCCUAGACGGUAA